ACAGCUUAGUUCGUGAUAAAUAAUUUGACCGGGUUGAUGAGUGAAGGAGGCUUUAUCCCAUUUUUGACACAUUUUACUGAUUUUUUAAUGUCACCUUUUUUUUUUUUUUAUUUGGCGCAUCCCUCCGCGUGAGCCCCAUUUUGCGGCCGCCUUUUUUUUGACGACGCGAUAAGGGGCCUCUCUUCCACUGAACGGUGGGAAGGUGGGUAAAGCUCUCUGUGACAUGCAUGUGCGGCGGUACACUGGCUCAAUGCGAUCGUCGCUUUGGUUAGCCCUGUGAAAUUGCCAGGCUGACCACCCGUUUGGGGUGAAGCCAAGGGAACGUGCCCCCUAUAUGCGCUGCUCAAAUGAGGGUACACAAAACGCAGGCAUAGUUUUCCAGCCCAUCAUGAGCAGCCCCCCCCACUCUUUUUUUUUUUUAUUUUGACAUCACUUUUGAGAUCCCUUUUGACUGCUGAGAGUGCUCACCAGAUGGAUAUGCCCAAAGGGCAGAAGCCAAGAGAGCGGGAGGGAAAAAACGAAAGGAGCAAUUUGAGGGACAUAGAAGAAGCGAAGAAGAUAAGGAACCAACAAAAUGAAGUGAACUUGAAAAAGUUUUGCGGAAGCACCGAUUUUGUGUUAGACGUACCGAACAUUGACGAGGGGGUAAAAUUCCUAAAGCAUGAUGUAGACAGUGAGAUUCUGCAAUUCAAUUACACGACCAUGCUGUUAAAUGAAAAGGUGGAGAGGUUGAAUGACGUGGAGAGGAACAUACACAUCCCCAUGGACCUCCCCUUUAUGUUUUCCUUUAACAUGCAGAAUAAUGAUGACAUAGGCAGUUGGGUAAGGCAGCAAAAUGAGGAAGAGCAUGGGAGGGUUAGUCAGCGGAUGAUUGGGCAUGGGAAGAAUGCACAUGGGAACACUCCACAUGGGAGGAUUUCACACGGGAACACUGCAAACGUUGGGGGCGCGCAUAGCCUCGUCAACCUAAAUGAUGAGGUGAAGCAGAUCUCCUCCUCCGCCCCGAUAAUCCAAACGUUUGACAGAGACGAUUUGGAGCUUCUCAACAGGGUUGCGCCGCAUUACAUUAGAAGGGUUAGAAGUACCCUUCUGCAGUGUGCAGAAAGGAAAAGCAGAGAUGCACAGGAAAGAAGUUCCCCUAUUGGAAGGAACACACAUGAGCAGGGUGGCAAGGGCUUUGAGAGUGGCGCUUUGGAAAAUGAUGACGGCUCCUCCGAAUUGACGUUGAAAUGUGGGAAAAGGAAAGUACCGUACGAUUGCUACUUUCCACAUCCGCUAAAGAAAGGAACCAAGGUGAAAAAGAUUUACCCCCUUUUGCCCCACAUUGGUGUGUGGAGCAAUAAAUAUAUACAAGGCAUUAUGGAGAUUGGGAAUUCCAGUGACUACAUCAGAAGCAGUGGUGGGGAGGAUGCCAGUAAAUUGCUGAGCAAGGGGGCGAGUGCCACCUCGAACAGUGAGCCGAAGAAGAAAAGCAGCGGUAUGCUCGGGCUGCUGCAUUUGGUGGAGAAGACGCGCGAUAAGCAUCUGUACGGGCUGUACAAGGCGCACGACGUGGGUUGCGACGAGUAUAUUCUGAAUAAGUACCUGCGCAGGGAUGGUUCGGCGCGGAGGAGGUCCAACGGGGUGGCUGCGGUUAGCGCGGUUAGCGCGGUUAGCGGCGGUACGGUUGGCAGCGCUACUGAUCGUGAUGGUGGGGACGCACCCGACCAAGCGAGCGACUCCCCGGCAGCGAAAAAAAAAAUCAGCCUGAGCAAAUUUCUCAUAAAGAAGUACCUCUUCAAGUUAAAAAUGAGGGAGAAGUUAAGGGGUAAGCUGCCCAAGGGGGAAAAGGUGACCCCCCCUGUGAAGAACCAGCAGGAGGAGGAAGACGAAUUGGAAGAAGAAAAAUUUGCUAAGUCAAAAAGUGAAAGAAAUGAAGGAAAUGAAGGAAAUGAAAGAAGCGCAUCGGUCGAAUUGACACACCGGAGCAAGCGUGUAACGUUUAACGAAACAAAUAAGUACGAAUACGUGGAAAAAAAAGGAGAGCGGGGGGAACAUGGCGAGGGAGACGAUACGGUCAUGCAGAAUGUGAGAUGUUCGCAAAGUACCCCUCCUGAUGAUAAUGUAGAGUGCUUCAAAUAUGUGCGGGAUUAUAAAUCGCCAUCUUUUGGGGUGAAUCAAAACGACCCCCUGUCGUACGUCAUAGGGUUUAACAGGCACAACUUGGCUUUCAUGUUCCCGACCCUGUCUAGGAAAAUUAUUUUUUCCAAAACGGGGCAGCAAAAGAGGAAAAAUUAUAUAAUGGUGCGGGAGAAGUAG